AGGAAAAGCUGCUCAUGCGGGUAUCUUUCGGGCGUGCUCUUCAGCAAUGGCUGCCAUGACCGCGUGGCAAAACGGCGAGUCACCCGCCAAUACAUCUGGAGCAGGAAAGACCCACUCCAAUGAAGCAAACCUUUGAGAAGCUGCUGGAUGCCGAACCUUUCAAGGACUACUGGCCCACGUUCUGUGGCAAGUAAAGAAACUUGGAUGGAGAUCGCGCAGCUUCGCACAAUUCCAGGCGCAUGUGCACGCCAAGCACCAGGGCUGCAGGUACGACAGACUUGGAGUGGAGAAAGAGUCAAGAGCCAGUCGGGCCAGCAGGGCCGGUUUCCCUUGGCAGCCUUGGCGUUUCCAGUGCUCGGAAGGGCCUUUCUGCGGCAUCGCUCCCUGCGGGCCACUGGCAUGGGUGAUGCCACUUUGAUGAAGAAGAACCGAAAGAAGAUGAAGGAAAUGGAGACUGGCAUGCUGGAGGGUGCCCUGAAGACCCUCUUCCGCAAAAUGGAAGAGCCGGACAUCUUCAAGGUCCGGGAGAUCUUGAUGCGCUUGGCCAAGACCAACCAGAAGCCCAACCAGAACCUCGCUGGCGAUUGGAUCAUUUUCUGGGCCUCUCGCGAGGGCUGUGUGGAUAAGCUCUUCGGCACGGGCAUGACGGAUGAGGGCUGGUGGAUGCAGCUUCAGGAGUACUUGCUACGCCUUGGCACUCGCAAAGAAGGUCGGGUCGCGGAGGCCAUCGAGAUCGUCCGAAAAGUUGGACCUUUUCCCAACCAGUCGAACUGUCUUAAAGGGACCUACAUGCCCUCAGGCACCAAUAGGUUGAAGAUGAUCUUCACUGAGUUCAAGACGGACGAUGGUAAAGAGAUGAAAGCUCGUGGCGAUCAAGAAGAGUUGGUCGUUGAUGUGGAUGUGAUCUAUUCCUCCAAGACCAUGAUUGCCUUGCAAUGGGAGGAUGAGAAUGGCGAAUGCGACUUCUAUGUUCUCACUCGAGUGAACAGUAUCCUUGAAGAGAGGGACAAGUUUGUUGGCACUUCAAGAGCGCGGACCUUCUUCAACUGAGCGGGUCUGAAGCAGCGUCCUCAUCCGAUCGUUGCCAGUCCUGGACGAGGUCC